AUGCUGCUGCUCUCGUCCCUCUCACAUGCUUUCUCCAUCAGCUCCGCUGGCCGCCCAUCGGCGCGCUCCUCGCCCAUGAUGGCGGAAAUGGCCAACGGCAAGAUGGAAUUUGAUAAUGUCGCGCGGGAGUGGCGGUGCAAAUGGCAGGACGACGGUGGUGGCAAGGCCUCGUCCGCCACCCUCGUCGCGAUCGCAGAUGUCGUGGACGAGUUCCUGCCGCAGCUCAAGGCUCUCGACGGCGCGGUUGUCAACCGCGCCGUCUGUGGCGGGUGUCUCGACUUCAAGCUCUGCACGACCGUGCCUCUCGCCACCUUUGGCCCGUGGGAGGAGGCUGGGCACCCCCCCGAGGCUGACUUCCUGGCCAAGCUCGAGGCGAUUCCAGGCGUGUCGAUGGUCGAGACGCAGACCAUGACCAACCAGGUGCUGUAG